CUCUCUCUCUCCUCGCUUCAUUCCCCCUUUUCUUAUCUCACCUCCUCCUCUCUUCACUUGUAGACUUUCUCAUAACGCAGCCCCCAACCUCUACGUGCACACACACACACACAUUCCUUACUCUUUCUCUCCACCUUAGCAGGAUGCUUAAUCUGCGGGCAGCGCAGAGCCAGUUUACCCAUGAAGUGCGAGAGCCCGGGCUGUGGGUCUGGAGGGUUGAGAAGAUGAGGGCUGUGCUCCUUGACCCAUCACAGAGGGGAAUCUUCUACAAUGGAGAUGCAUAUAUUGUGCUCAGCAACCGUGGAAAGAAUGGAAGUGACCUGCACAUGUGGAUGGGUGAGGAGUCGUCCCGGGAUGAGCAGGGUGCCUGUGCCAUGCUUGCCACUCAACUGGACAGCUUCUUGGGAGGAGACCCAGUACAACAUCGAGAGGUGCAAGGAUACGAGUCACCUGAGUUCAUGGGUCUCUUCCCUAAAGGAGUCAGUUACAAGGAAGGCGGGGUGGAGUCUGGAUUCAAGAGUGCCAGGUCCAGGACUGGCCCAGUUACACAUCUGUACCAAGUCAAAGGAAAGAAAAACAUCCGUGCAAGAGAGGUGGAGCUCGGCUGGGGGAGCUUCAACAAGGGUGAUUGUUUUAUACUGGACCUUGGAGAGACUAUAGUCGCAUGGAGCGGAUCCAAAGCCAAUAUGUUUGAGAGACAGAAGGUGCGUGAGAUAGCAAUGCUGAUCAGAGACACUGAAAGGAAUGGGAAAGCUCGCAUCAUCGAUGUGUCAGAGGGAGAGGAAACACUGGAGAUGGUUCAGGCACUUGGUCCAAUCCCAGCUCUGAAGGAGAGUUCAGCAGAGGCAGACGCUGAAGCAGACAUCACUAAUUCUGCUUCCCUUUACAAGGUGUCUAAUGCAACAGGCCAAAUGACCUUGACAAAACUGUGUGACAAAGGCCUUUUCAGUCAAGAGAUGCUGGAGAAAGAUGACUGCUUCAUAUUGGACAAUGGAUCUAAUGGGAAGAUCUAUGUUUGGAAAGGUAAUGGAGCCAAUGCAGAGGAGAAGAGAGUCGCCCUGAAGGUGGCAGAUGAGUUUAUUACAAAAAUGAACUAUCCCAGGAUGAGAACACAGGUGGAAAUUCUCCCCCAGGGCCGUGAGUCUGUCCUCUUUAAACAGUUCUUCGAGUGUUGGAGAUAAACACACACCAAUAUAUAAGAUCUGUGUAGAAACUGAUGCUCAUUUUGUAUAAUCACACAGCAUACUAGCGAAGCUUACCUGUUGCAACUUUUUGCUGUUAGCCAAAACAUUGCUUGUUUGAUCCCAGGUAUGGUAGUACAGAGUCCAGGAUGGCUGUCAUUUUUAAGCAGGAACUGCCUAUUAAAAUAAAAAAAAUAAAAAAAUGCAUAUACUGUAUAUUAUGCAUGACAGAAAAUGUAUUAACAAUCCACAUGGAUAUAUAUAUAUCAAUCCAUAUGGAUUGUUAAUAAAUUUUCUGUCAUGGAUAAUCUUUUGCAUUAAUCUAAAAUACUUGUUGUGUUCAAAUACUCAUGCAAUGACAUGAUGUCUGUUAACCUUUGUUAUAUUGUAUGUUGAGCCUCAAAUUGUACUGAUAUCAAAUAUGGGCACAAACAGAUACCACAUAAAGUCUCAAUGCUUAUGCAACCACCACCGCACAUGACACAGCCACUGCCUUCAAUGUGAUCAUCUUUUAUCUUGGAUAUAUGCACCAAGAUAGAGGAUGAACCUGUACAUUAAUCUAAAACUAAAGCUCCACAACCAACCAAAAUCAAUGUGAAGGACAGAUGGAUGAGUUCUCACCUGUGAAUAUGGAGCAAAAAACACAUUGAAUACAUAAACAAUUAGGACUUAAUAAUAAAAGUAGCAUAAUUAAGGCCUAUUGACAUUCUUAAUGAGUCAUUCUUCCAUCAUAACUCUUAAAUUAAGUUUAAAAACAGGUCUACUGAAAGGAGCAUUAUGGACUCCCUAAAGAAUCAAUGAGCAAAUUAAUCUAUUCCUUAACUGUUCUUACUGUAAAACUUUUAUUUUACAGACAUGUUUUACUGUAAAUGAUUUUGGCAAUAGAUCUACUGUAGGACAAGCUGAUCAUAUCAUUUUACUGCCUAAAUCUUAAAUUAAGAAUUACAAGAUAUACCCUUUGAGUCAUUUAAUAACUUACCAUAUAAUGAGGGUGGUUUCAUUUCUUGCAGAUGAUACAUGCAGUUAUCUUGAAAUGACAAUCAUUUGGGUGUGGUGAGAAAGGUGAACAAUACAUAUUUCAUUAUGUCUGUUGCUGUCCCAGUUGUUUAAUUGUGUUUUAGUUUUGUUAAAUAUAGAAAUGCAUAUUCAGCAUGUAUUUAUUUAUCAGUUUACUUCAUUAUUUAUUAUUUCAAGUAAAAUUGCACUUGCUUACAGGAAGUGAACAGUUUCACAUGAUUCAUUUCUGGUCUUGGCCUUUGAAUAAACUUCACAGUACAUUUAAAUAUAUUG